CAAUAUACAUUUAAAAACAAACAACAAUUAGAAAUCUAAUAUAGAUAUUUUCUUUUAAUUAAUCAUUAAUUAAUGGUGUUAGAGAAAAUGCAGUAUACAUGUUAUAAAAGAUUUUGAAUUUUGUUGCCAUGAUGACGUAAUUGAUGAAAGUAAUAGUAGGGUGUAUUUCACAGAACUGUCAAAAAUGAAUUGAACGCUAAACUGCAAAACGAAAGUGGAGAGGAGAAUUUAUCGUAAAAAGGCGUGUGUGUUUGAUAAAUAAGAUGCAAGUAAAAUGGCCUAUAGAUACGUAAAGUGUAUCUUAUUCGAAUAAAUGGAAAUAGCGUGUUUGAUAUCGAAGUGAUUUCAAGUCCGGCCGAGUGAGAUAACCUCUCAAUCAAAUCAACUUAAACGUCAUUUCUCGAACAAGAACUUUGUCCAAUUCGUCAAAUGUAAUGGCGUGUCUCCUUUUGAAUCAGGAAAAUGUUAAUAUUAAAAUACCAUCGGUUGACACCUUGGAUGGUAUCACUUAUUACUGCAUCGAGGUUAAGGUAGUUUCCGUCAAGUGGACUGUGAAACACAGGUACAACGACUUUGUGGAGCUUCAUGAGAAAUUGGUUAUGGAGCACUGCGUGGAAAAGGAUAUCUUACCACCGAAAAAACUAAUCGGUAAUAAAUGCGAAGCCUUUGUGGAGAAGCGCAGGGUCAGUUUGGAAAAAUACUUGAACGCAGUGUACAAUUAUUUGAAGAAAGCUAUGCCCAGGGAAUUGGCCGUCUUCUUGGAUCUACACAUCUAUGAUAUAUUCUUUUUAUUACAAAGUAUGGCAAUGGAAUUGUUCACCGAAGGCUGUAACUUGUUAGAGAAUUCUAAAAGUUACAAAUUUAAUCCAGUAGAAUUAUAUGCGAUCAGCGAAAGAUUAAAACAUCCGUGUCCUAUCAUGGAGGUCGUAGAUAAGAAGUAUGACUUUAGUCACGUUUUGGAUUUUAAUAGUCAUUUGAGUAAUUUGACAAUCUUAGGUAGUACCGAGCCGUAUAAAAAUAGCAACAUUUAUUCCUCCUCUUUAUCCAUUGAAUUGUCGAGUUUUAAAAAUAUCGAAGAAUUAACGAUAGACCGAUAUCCCGUCGAUAAGAUCUAUAAUAUGGGAAACGUUCGAGAUACCGUUAAAGUUCUCAGAGUUACGAACACGAAGCUAAGAAAUAUCGUCGAGCUUGCAAUGUGCGAGGAAGUUCACAAACAUAUAAACAACGCGAAUGAUUCUCACGUGUGGUUAAAGGUAACUCACUUAGAUCUAAGUGACAAUCGAAUAGAAGUCAUAGACGAAGCUAUCAAACUGAUGCCACACAUAGAAGUUCUCGUUUUAAAUAAUAAUCUUUUAUCUGAGAUAUCCAACGUUACGUUAUUACCAAGAUUGUCUCAGAUCUAUCUAGCGUCGAAUAACUUUACUACCUUGCCCGAUGAUUUGCAUACUAAACUAGGUUACAUAGUCUACAUAGAUUUGUCGCAAAAUAAAUUAACCUCGUUGGCUAGUUUCUCCAAGUUGUACUCUUUGGAAGGUCUCGAUGUCAGUUGCAAUCGUAUAGAAAAAAUCGAAGAGGUUAAAAAUAUCGGUCACUUGCCUUGUCUCGAAGACUUGAGAUUGACUGGGAAUCCUGUAUCGACUAUAGUAGAUUACCGAGUCAAAGUCUUGGAGCCCUUUGGAAAGAGAGCUGUUGAUAUUUGUCUCGACAAUGAAAAACCUAAUCAAAAAGAGUUGGAUACCGUAUCGGUGCAUCAAGCUUUACGCAUUGCUAGGGAAGGAAAAUCUCCAACCUUCACGGCGGCUGAUGCACCAUUAUUUUCUGCAGAGAUACCGGGUCUAUGAAAUCAAGACAUUUCUACAUUUCUAUACACUAUUUAUCAAGAGAAACUAAUUGACCCGACUAGGAUCCGACAUUUAUUUUUUAUUUUACUUAACUAAAUUUCUUUAAACAUUCGACGAUUGUCGAUUUUAAUCAAGAAUUUAAUUUAAUGAUUUUUUUAUUAUAUGUUAUUUUAUUGUGUCUAGACGUAAAAAAAUAUCUUGUAGACAACUAUGCCAAAAAGUAAAAGAGAAAGAGAGGUCUGUAUCAAACCAAAAUUCUCUAUUUUCUAAUCAAAAUAAAUAGAUAAAGAAGAAAAGCACUGCGAGAAAAAAAGUCAAUUCGAAUCGUCUGUAAGCUUUAGAAAUAACCGGAAUGGAGUAAAUCAAAUAAAUAGGAUAGGCGUAAAAAACGUAUCUCUUAUCAUUCGUAUCGUAAUACUCGCGAAAUAAUAAAUGGUAGUAUAAGUUAUUGAAGAAAACGUGUCUAGCUAAUUUUAUCGAUGAUCAAACGCUACUAUCUUCGUUUCUUCAAUAUGUUCUACUGGACAUUAUCAAUCAUUAUCACGUUGUUUAAUAUUGUUCUUUUUUACGAUGUAAAUUAGUAUGUAUUUCUUAAGGUGUUAUUUAAAAGAAAAAAAGAAAAGAAAAGAAAAAGGAAGAAAAGUAAAAGGGACAGUGUAAGAAUUAUCUAAGGAUGGUACGAUGGUACUAAGAAUAUAAUUAUAUUCGCAUAUACAAAUACUCUCUGUACAAAGCGACAGAAUAUUUUUUGUUAAAUAAAAGAUGUUGAAAAAAAAUAAAAGAAGAAGAAGAAGA